UUUUUUUUGCUUACGCGGACAAAUCACACAAAUUUUUUAUUUUCUAUGGUCAAAAUUAGAAGCAACAAAAUUUCUAACGCUUCAGCGUAAGCGUAAUCAAAGUUCUUUUUACUUAUUAUGUCUGUUAUAUGUUGUGAUCGUGAUGCAGGUAAAUAUAGUAUACACAUGCUUUAAAUGUUAUCACACAUACAUAAAUUGAAGAAAAAAAUGAUGUUAGGAAUAUUAUCAAGAGCCGCUUCCUCUAUUCCUCACAUGCAUAUAGACACAUUUGCUUUAUUGCUCUCUCUUUAGCUUUCUACACAGGCAUCAAAAUCUGAUACUGAUGAAAUUGAACUAAUUAAACAGUGUGAACCUGAACAUGCGAUUAUUGUUGAUGAUGAACGAUUUUUAAAAACACGUUUAAUAGCUCAAAAAACAAAUCGUGCAUCAGUUGUUCAUGAUAGUGAAUGGACAAACGAAAGAGUAACAUCAUUAAUGUUGCCAUCAGCGGCAAGUAAUCCCGAACAACAAGCAAGGCAUCAUUAUCCACCAUCAGAACAAUUUCAAAAAGCUAAUGUACAUGAGCCAACAUCAAUAUAUUCUCGUGCUAAAGCUCAACUUGUUGAACAUGCAAAUAAUGAGCAAUCAUCUGAUUUGCCAGUUGUUGAUAAUCGCCAACAGUCAACAGAAACAAAAGAAAAAGAAAAUGUCAUAAAUAUUGCUCAUCACUCUAAAUAUCAAUCAUUAGGUUUAGGAAUGAUUGAACAUGAACGACGUUCGAGUAUGGCAGAUGAACAAAAUCGAGAAGAAAUUGAACAUGAAAUAGCUAAUGAAGUUAUGAUUGAUGAAUUAGAAAAUGUCACUCAUGACAAACGAAAAACUCAGUUAGGCUACGGUCGUAUACUCGACAAUAAUAAUCAAUUUUUAAGUUCAGUAGAAGACAGAGAUCAAGAUGUACGAGAACUAGCAAUGGUGAACGAACUGGUUGUUUCUGAUACACUUGCAUACGCAACUGAUGAGAAGAAACAAAUGGUAUUAGGUCAAGGAAUGCUGGUGGUACAAGAUGAUUCAAGUAUAGCCGAUGAAGAUGGAAUCGAAAUUGAACAGGUAUUGGCCGAUGAACAAUUUGUUAAUGAUGUACUUAGACGUGCCAUAGAACAAGAAGAUAGGCAACAAUUAGGAUAUGGUCUCAUUUCACAUGAGAAUGCACAUCGUUUGAGUUUAGCUGAACAAGAUGAAGAAGAAAAUGACCGUUUGAACCGAGUAUUUGCUUACGAGAUUGAAGUUGAUGAUGAACUUAAUCGCGUUGCUCACCUUAAAAAAGUAAAAGUUAUGGGACAUGGUCAAAUACGGCAAGAUCGCGACUUUUCAACGUUCGAGAACAGGAACGCUGGUGAAGUACCCACCCAAACACGUAUGACAGAAACAAUAAAUGAACCAAUGUUGGAUUUUAUCGACUAUUCUCAAUUAAAAUCAGAUUUAAUUUUAUUGAAUAGACCGAAAUUUGAAUAUGAGACACAACAACAAGAAGAGAACGAACAACUGGCAACGAGUGAUAAUAAAACAUAUGCCCAACAAUUAAUUAGUGAAAAAACUCAAUCAGAAAAUGCCGUAACAUCUUCAGCGACGGUUUUCUGUCGUGCAGAUCCUGUUAGUGAUCCUGAUGAUGAUGACCAUUUAUCGUUGUUGAGCGAUGAUUCAGUGUUAUUGCAUCAUCAACAUGUACCAAAUACAAAACUAAUUCAAAAUGAAUUAACUCAUAUGCCCGACAAAUCGACAUCUGUUCAAACAUUCAAUUAUCCUCAGCAUGAUCAGGAAUACAUGAAAUUUACCCAAGUUGAAGAACAUGUAUCUUCUCCUCCACAACACGAUCGCACUAACAGUGAAAUCCAACAAAAUACACCAAUGCAUUUGCCUCUCAUUAGUCAAUUGAAUGAAGCACAACAUGCAAAUACCAUACCUCGAUCUGUUCUUGAAAUAUUACAUGAUAAUGUCUAUGUUGAAAAUGAAAGGAAUAAAAUCAUUUUACCUACAUCGACGGUCACUACUCAACCGUUAUAUCGUACGAAAUCCCUUGAAAUGUUAGAACAACGUGGAACAGAUGAGAGUCAGUUAUUGAAUCAAUUUGAAACUGACCAACGAAGAGAUAGAAUUGAUUCAGUAACGUUAGCAAAGCAUGAUACAAUGGCAGAAUCGGUUAAAGUAAAACAACCGAUAACAAUAUUACAUCGAGAAGAAGACAAUGUAUCGGAAGAUUCGAGUUCAGUCAAUAUUGAAAUAAACAUUUUUUCUCCUAAAGGUCAAAAAUUAGCUCAAACAAAUGAAAUUGAACAUGAUAAUGAUAUGUCACUGAACAAAGAAAAUGUCCGCAUCCGAGAUCAACGUUUGAAUGUAUUAAAACGUCCAUAUUCCGCCACCUCAUCAGUACUUGAUGUUGAAAACUUUCUUAAUCGAUUUGAAGAUAGUUUAGAUCAACAUGAGCAAACGAUGAUACCAACAACUGUACAAGAAUUACCGUUGAUUGAUCAAAUAUCUCUAUCUCAUACAACCUCAAUGAGAUCUUAUAAUGGAAUACAACUGAGUACAGAAAAAGCAAUUGAACAGUAUGAAAGAGAAAAUCCAACAACAAGUCGAAAAUUACCAUCGGAAUGGUAUCAACAACAAGCACAACAGAAUUUUGACGAAUCGAAUGAGUAUGAUGAACAAUUAGUUGAACAAAUUACGUUUGAAAAAGAAUUGGAUGCAAUGGAAGAGGAUACUCUUAGAAGACAAUAUUCUUUUCCGCGUAUUAAUCCACCAUCACCCACUAAAGUAAAACCACUCUAUACGGCUAUUACUGAAAAUUUAGCAGAACAACAACAAUUUUCAUCGUCAUCUAAGGUAAAUUUGAAUAACGUGUGUGAUAAUAAUAAUAAUAAUAAUAAUGUUUUCAAUAACAUUGACAAGAGGUUUGAAACUAUAAAUGAUUAUCAUCAUCAUCAUGAACGUUCGAUUAGUACUAGUUCUACAUGUAGUAGCAAUACUAAUGCUGAAUGUUAUGAUGAUCACAUUGAUAUAAACUGUAACAAUUCUAAUUUUAUUAAUUUAAAUGAUCUACAAUUAACAACAAUAAGUCAUUGUUCACCAACAAGUGAUUAUGAAACAGAUUCACUUGAUAAACAAAGUUCAUCCGAUGGUAAUAUGAAUGCAUCAACUUUUAUCACUCCCACAACAACAACAGCAACGACAACUGAUAACGAUAAAACACAGCAGGAGCAACAGCAAACACACACAAUUCCAUUAACACCCUCCUCGUCCUCUAUCACAUCUCCAUUGUCUUCAUUGCCCCCUCAAAAUCAACAAAAUAUUGCUGAUUUAUUAAAUGCAUUAGCAACACAUGUGAGUACACUGCAUGUUCCACCAUCACUACAAGAUUUACAAGAUAACAGUUCACAUAUGACUGCUAUAACUGCAGCUGAUACAGUUGAACAAUUGAAUAAUGUUGCAAAAGAAUUAUUGCUGACAUUAGGUUUUGGUAAAAGCGAUAAAAAGGCUCUACCGUCGUUAUUUAUACCGUCUAAUGAUAAGUAUGCUGAUGCUGCUGUGCCCACCCUCGAGCAAAAAUUACAAGUAUGCGUGGUAUCCACUGUUAUACAAAAGAAAAUGGACGAAACAACGACAAACAUUGAUAAUCAACAAUCACCACCACAAGUACAACAGGCAAAUAUCGUUAUUGAUAAUGCAUCUGAUAUUGAAUAUAAAACGCCCGUUAUAAGAGAAACUCCUCAUUGCGAAUAUCUAUCAACUUUUGUACACCAGACUGACGAUAAUUCAACUGUUGAACAACAAUCUCCGAUAAUCAGCCUAGAACAAAGUGAUACACUUAUAUUAAAAACUCCCGUUCUGAAAGAAACACCGCAUCAAAAAUAUGUUGAAAGUUUUAUACAGGAAGUAGUUCCGUUUUCAACUGAGUCAACUGCUACAAAUUUAAAAACUUUUCAAAAAGUUAAUCAGUCUGAUGAUGUAGAAAAAAUAACCAAACAACUACUCUAUUCUGUACAAAAUCAAUCGGAACAAUUUGAAAAUGCUUUAUUACUUUAUUCACAUCGUUUACUAUAUGGUCAUGAUUUGUUUGAAGAUGAACAACAGCCAUUAGAAUUUCUUUAUGAACCAGCUCAUUUUUUAUUACCAAUUAUCAAUGAAAUUCAAGUAUAUCGUACAAGUUUUUUAUGUGAUUAUCCACGUUUUAAUCAAGAUAAUAUGCCAUAUAUGGUUGUGCCAUUGACACAUGAUGAUGAGAAACAAUUUGCAAAGAUCAAUUACAUACAAACAUUAUUAUCGGGCACAUUAAAUGAGUUAAAAGAGAGUCUUGAUAUUAGCGAAGAGGAAGAGACAAUAAAUUUUACCAAUCGUUUAGAUAAUCUCGAUUAUAUUGAACAUUACCGUGUACAACCAUUAUAUUCAUUUCCCGAAACAUUGUAUGCACAAGUCACAGAACCACCAAGUUCAAUAUCAAUGGCGAAUGAACCACAACUAAUCGAUGAAAAUAACGACAGAUCAAAAUCAUUUAGUAAUGAUCAAGAACUAAUUGAAAGUUUAAGCGAAACAAUGGUUGACGAACAUAAAUACAAUUAUGCCACUAAAUCAGAACAUGUGGAAUUUAAUAAUGAACAAUCGAUAAAUAUGAAUGAUUAUCAACCAGUAGAAGAAAAUUUAAAUUUUUUUAUCGAAGGAGACAAAGAGAAGGAUGAACUAUCUAUAACUGAACAUAUUGUCUGUGAAUCAUCAGCAUCUAUCGAACAUACUGUCUGUGAAUCACCAGCAUUUAUCGAACAUACUGUCUGUGAAUCACCAGCAUUUAUCGAACAUACUGUCUCUGAAACACCAGCAUCUAUCGAACAUACUGUCUCUGAAUCACCAGCAUUUAUCGAACAUACUGUCUCUGAAACACCAGCAUCUAUCGAACAUACUGUCUGUGAAUCACCAGCAUUUAUCGAACAUACUGUCUCUGAAACACCAGGAUCUAUCGAACAUACUGUCUGUGAACCACCAAUAUCUAUCGAACAUAUUGUCAGUGUCCAAAAUUCAAAUGAAUCAAUUGAAGAAAAUCGAAAUCAUGUUGUUUCACUUUUACCAUCGGUGACUGAACAAAUACUCCACGAAUCUCCUCUAUCAUUUACUAGUACGUUAAUGACAAUGAUAUCAUCAAAUCAAGUGUACAAUGUUUUUACAAAAUUUCCCGAUCAACACCAACAGGAUAAUGGAUUAUUAUCCAUGGAACGAGACAGUAUUGAAGAAAAUUCUGAUGAUCAAUCAUCAGAUUUGAUUCAAACAAUCGAUCAGGAUAGUAAUUUUGAUUCAGAAGAUAGAAUAGAAUCAUUUAAAAUGACAGUAGAAGUUUUAAACCAUCAACAACCAUCAAAUAAGCAGCAUUUAAACACCAGUCUGCUGCAGGAAUAUAUAUUACAUGCUCCUCGUGAAAUAACGAUAUUAUCAACGGAAGGUGCAUUAAAUGAAACACAACAACUUCAUGUUGAUGAUUCAAGUUUAAAGCGUAAACAACAAGCAAAAACAGCCAUAGAAGAUAAUCAAAUUCAUAAUGAACUGUAUCGUUUACCCGAACAUUUGAUUACAGAAGUACAAUUAUAUACACCAACAGGAUCUGUUCGUGAAAGGCCACCAUUAGUUGAACCAUCCACAAAUGUAUCAUGGGAAGAAAUGGUUACGAUGAAAAAGACAACAGAGGUAAACGAUCACGAUCAGCGUCAUCUUCAACAAGCAACAUUUCAAUAUGGUGACACACUAACAACAAAUGGACGAAAUGAACAACGACACGAACAACAACAUAUGCCACCUGAACGUUUACAUACAGAGCCUGUUGAUCAUGAACGUGCAAGAGUAAAAACAGUGGGUCAAUCGGGUGCAGAUGAUGAUGGAACAGGAGGACACAAAGCUUUGACGACAAAAAAUGGUGAAAUACUUGUACGAGAUAUGGUUGUUCAGCACAUAUCAGAAGAUGAAAAAUCGACAUCAUCUGAAGAAGUCAUAUUCGAAGAAUGGAGUGAAGAAUAUAAAAUUCGACGAACAGAUGAAUUUGAUCAACGAACAAAUCGUCUAAUUAGUUCCAAAGUUGAAACUACAGAUAGGAAAAAAGGUGACGUUGUCAAAGAAGAAUAUCGUGAGAAAAACGAACGAAUCAAAGGACAUAAAUCGUACGAUAUUUUACGAGAAGUCUAUCGACGUGUACCAGCGACCACUUUCGAUACACCACCACAACUACGAAUAACUCACGAUGUACCAUCACAUUAUUAUGAAGAAAUUUCUGCUCCACAACAAUCUUCGACGGCUUCUUUCGGUCGUAUGUCUCGUUAUGUACCAAUUGAACGAAUGACAUCUUCUUCCUCGUCCCUUGAACUAUAUCCUCCAUCUGAAGGAGGACGAUGGGCGAAAGAAGAUAUAAAGACGACCGUGAUAACGAGUGGCGGCGAUGAUCGAGAUAAUAAACAACAACAGCUAUCACCAUAUCACGCGGAACGUGUUCAGACUAAGUUAGACAAAGAUAUAUCGUCAUCAUCGUAUACAUACGAUCGAGUUCGUCAACAACUACCAGUGCCUUCUACUACUACAGCUCUAGCAUCGACAACUUCUUCUCAGUAUGAUCGAAUCUCAAAUAUCAUGGGACCUGUUCAACGUUUACAACAAUAUCGCCGUGAAUCAAAACAGGAACAAGAUGAUAAUCAACUAAAAUCAAUAUCUGAUAUUGAUGUUGUCAGUGAAGAAUAUCAUGUCGAAUUAACACAUGAUCAACCAUCAACGGCAUCAAAAGAUUCUCGACGAACAUUACAAUACGUUGGAUUACAAGACUUAUCAUCGAAAGGGGAUGUUGGUGAAAUGGCAAAAGUAAGUGGUGGUGAUUUGUCGAGACAUGGUACGGGCAAGGGUGUAAGCAAUCAACGUAUGCAACAACAACGAUCAAAAGAUGAUACAUCCGAAGAAGAGCUAGAUCAUCCAUUUGGAAGUGUUUAUACAGGUUUAUCAAAAAUUGUCAGUGAAGCUGGACGUAAUAUUUCAUCUAUGACUCAAGAUACAACAGCAACAAAAGAAGAUUGGAGAACAAAAUUAAAACAGGUGCAUACACCGUCCGAUACAGAUGCACAAGAACAGGUAGAUGAACAACACCAGCCACAACAACAUCGUCGCUUGUAUGAUAAAGAUGUUAACACUUACUAUACUGCUCAAAGAGUAUCUGUUCUACCGGAUGAUCCAUUUGACAAUAAAACUACAAUGGGACGUAUUAAAGAAGUCACUGUACGCGUUGCACGAGACAAAACUCCUCCAGAGCAUCGUAAAACAUCACUUUCAUCUACCAUUGAACCUCCACCGCAACCACAAUUAUCACCAUCAUUGGCGAGAAGUUUUAAAGAAGUAACCGUUGCUAUUGCUCGUGGCUCUUCGCCAGAAAAACGAAAAACUAGUACACCGGUUGAUAAUAGUAACGAUGGACCAUUAAAACGUGGUCUAGAAAAAUUGAGAAACUUGUAUUCAUCCGAAAUGGAUGAAGAGGAAUUUGGUCGAUCUCGAGAUACAACAACAAGAUAUUUGAGUAAAGUAGAUGAUGAUCGUCAAAAAUCAACAUCAUCGUUUCAACGAGAUAGAACUGUACCAUCAGUGGACGAAAGAAGAGCAAAAUAUGAGUCAACAACUAAAACAGUGUCUUCGGAUUUAAAACCAACUAGCCCACCAUCUUCUGGACGUGUUGGUGAAUUAAAAAAUGCAUUUGAAAUUAAAGAUGAAACACAGGCAGGAAAGUAUACCACAUCUAUCGUAGCAACAACAACUGGUUUAACUGAACAACGACGUAAACAAAUUGAAGAACAACUAGAACGUGAACGUCAAGAUACGGCACAACAAAUACGUACAGAUCGCUCAAAAUCAAUCGAGGCAAUCAUACGCGAUGAAAAAGAACAAUAUAAACGACAAAGUGAAUUUACUCCUUCACGUAUAACACGAACAUCAGACAGACCAGAUACGGAAAGAGCGCAUUAUGAGGCAUGGAAAGAUCUUAUCUAA